UACUUAUAAGUAGAGAAGAACGAUAAUGUCGUCUACUAUUUUGUACAAAUUUCGAGCGUCCUCGACCUUUGAGGCGUUGCCUCUGCCCGGCGCUGCUGCUAGACUCUUUGAUGUCAAAAAGGCAAUUGUCAAGGCAAAUAAACUCGACACCGGAACCAUGGAAUUCGAUCUGGCGGUUCGGAAUGCGGAUACCAACGAAGAGUACGGGGACGAAAGCAUGCUCUUGCCGAGAGGCACAAGAAUCAUUGUACAGCGGCUUCCCGCAGGUCGGGGACAGGGCUUUCUGGCUCGCAUGGCCCGCAACGAACACGGAGGGGGAAUGGGCAACAGCUAUCAGCAGCAGCAACACCCUAGCGGGUACUACACCAUCGACAACCAAACCCGGGAAAACGAAGAAGACGAAUUCGUGGAGAGCUCCAGUGGCGCGGAGAAGGAGCUGGCCGCCCUKCAAGCGGUCACGUCGAUGCAAGCGGAGGGCCCUACCAUGGUGGGAGGGCAAGCCGCCGCGAUGGGAGCCGUCCGGGGAGGCCGCGGGGGACCACCGCGUCCUGCGGGUAUGGGGGGACCGCCAACAAAACCCGGUUUCCACCAGAGCAUUGCCGGCAGCAACGCAAGCAAACCAGGAGGCAGCAGUCACUUCCGACCCAACGCCGAUCCUGAACUGCGGGAGCAGGAAAAGAAGCUCCAACCCAAGAAGCGCGCCACCGGAAUUCCCCGAACCUUCCUGAAUCUCUCGGCUCCUCCACAAACCGACGGCAACAAGGAGGGCGCGGACGGCGAACAGCAGGCGCCUCUCUUGCAGCCCAACAAGCAGGGCUUCAAAGAACUGGUCAGUCGUGGAGGAGGCCAGAGCGAAAGCACGGCUGGAACGAGAAGAGAUUUAGACUACGUCUUGAAACUCACGUCAACGACCGUACCGGAGCACUUGCAAUGCGCUAUAUGUAACUCAAUCGUUAAAAAUGCCAUGUUAUUACCCUGGGACUCCGAAGGGAGGACCGUCUGUGAAUCUUGUAUUCGUGAUGCGUUGACGCAAAAUGGUUUUCGUUGUCCCCUGACUGGCAUGGAYGGAGUGAGCCCCGAUGACCUUAUCCCCAACGUUGGUUUGCGGAAGGCCGCAGACAUGUUCCUCAAGGGCGUGAUGGAAAAGGUGGACGAGAUCGAGCAGAUGCAGGUGGAGGAAGCCGAAAACAACACCGAGGAGACAACACCCCAGUCCAGCGAGAAGAACGUCCUGGAUGGCGAGGGAGCCGAAAAGGGCGUGCUCGUCUCGAAACGCACGUCUCUCUCGAAGAGCAAGAAAUCCGACGAGGAUCCCUUCGGCGGAGACGACGACUUUGGCGGAGACGUCUUUGCCGUGGACACAAAACACGGCGAGGAGGGCGAUCCAGCCAAGGCCAAGGGAGAGACCCCCGGUGCCGCGGCGGUGGAGUCUUCGGCCUCGAGCGGGGCCCGCGGAGACGAGACCGGCGCGGACGCGGGACCACCGAAGGAGGCCGCCGUCGGCGGGGAGCGACAACCCUCCUCCAAGCCCGACGCGAACCAACCGAGCGGGGAGGCGGGUGCCGGGGCCGCCCCRCAGGCUGGGAGUGCUCCACCGGCUAGUACGGGCGGAAAGCUGCCAAAGUCCCCCCCGGCUCCGGCACCCCAGCCGGCGUCCCACAUGCGGUUCCACCGCCGGCGGGGGCCGCCCGUAGGGUACGCCAUGGGCCCGGCAAACGGAGCGGUCGUCAGCGCCAGGGCCAACUACCCAUCGAACAACAGCAACAACAACAACAACAAUCCCAACCAACACCACGGCCAGGACUACGGCGGCGGCGGCGAUCGSUUUUCGUCCCGCGGGGGCUCCUCCCGAAACGGCGGUUUCCACCAGGACCGGAACGCCGAUGGGGGAUCUUACGGGCGGGGCCGUGGCGGAAGGGGCCGGGGGGGCCACCGCUACUCCCAGGACCAGGAAGKCAGCCGCGGGACGAAGCGUUCGAGAGACCGAGACGGCGACGAGGGCGACGGGCAGCAGCAGCAGCAACAACAACAACAGCAGCAGCAGCGCCGGGGGAGGGACCACUACCGCGGCGAUGGGAGGGAAUCGCACGGCAGGGAAGAAGGCGGCGGCGGCGGCGGUGGGUACAACCGCGGGCGCCGCGGAGGACGGCCGCGGGGUGGCCAGCAGCAGCAACGAGGAAACUACCGCGGAGGUCAGGGAAGCUAUGGUGGCGACAGCCGUGGUCGCUACUAGGCACGGUCUUCGAUCCAACCCGGCAAUCCGUGCCGGCUCGCUGUAUCGCAAAACCAAAGAAAACAGAACGAAACAAAACACAACCAAAGAAAGCAAACUAAAACCAAAACAAAUACAAAUACAAAUACAAAUACAAAUGCAUA